UGCCCCCUCCCACAGCUCAGUCCUCUUGUGCAGCUCAGAGCUCUUUUCCAGACCCUCUACACCAGUCGCUGCCUGGGACUGGUGGUCACUGGUCAGGGACAGGGCUGCAAGAUGCUAAAUUCAAACAGGCAUGUGCUGUAUGGAACAGCUUAACAACCUUUGGAAAAUCUAUGUAGCCAAAAGGUGCACUGGCUCCCGGGUGUAAUUCUUGCCUGUUGGGGACUGUCUUAUUUUCUCCCUUCUGGAUGUUCUGAAAUGCAGCAGCUGAAAUCAUUGCAUCAUGAAUGAACAUAGCAGACAUCACCAGUCCAUGGUGCUCAUUCCACACCUAGAGCUUUGGCAUGCUCGUCUGCCUGCAUCUGUUAGAGAAGUAACCUGGUGGCAGCUUUGUGGAGGACUUUUGGACUUGUAAUUGUGAAUAAUUGAGAUGUGGCUUAAAACACAAGAAAAUGCUCUUUUUCCCUACAAGUAAUAUUUUGGCUUUGGAACUCAUUGCCCCACCAUGGUUUAGGUGUGAAAAAUAAAGAUGGGUUGAAGUCAGUUGAAUACAUUCACAGAAGAAAGAUUCAUCAAAUCUCUUAACAUUAUCCACGAUUGGGUAACUUGACACUUGAGAACUGGUUAUCAGAAAUGAGAAGGAGGAGCCAGAGAUUCCUGCCUCUGUUUUUUGUUCUUCAGUAAGUCUCUGAUGUCAGCCCCUAUCAACAAAAAGAUAGUGCACCGAUACGGCCCGUGGAGAAAGAGUGUUGCUCCCAUAAACGUCAUGAUGUGGAAAUGACAAGUGACAUAAAAAAUGCGUAUCAGACUGUCAAACACAGCAAAAUAGUGAUUUGUACCAGUUUGGCAUUUAGAGACUUGGGGACCAGUUCUACAAAGAAGCAAUUGAGCACUGUCGCAGCUACAACUCCCGGCUGUGUGCUGAACGGAGCGUUCGCCUUCCCUUCCUGGACUCGCAGACUGGAGUUGCUCAGAACAACUGCUACAUCUGGAUGGAGAAGCGGCACAGGGGACCAGGCCUGGCCCCAGGUCAGCUGUACACAUACCCGGCACGUUGCUGGCGCAAAAAGAGGCGUUUGCAUCCUCCUGAGGAUUCCAGGCUGAAGCUGCUGGAAAUUAAACCUGAAGUUGAUCUGCCUCUGAAAAAAGAUGGCUUCACAUCAGAAAGUACAACACUGGAAGCCUUGCUGCGUGGAGAGGGAAUAGAGAAAAAGAUGGACACUAAAGAGGAAGACCCUAUACAAGAAAUCCAGAGGGUUUUAGAAAACGAUGAAAACGCAGAUGAAGUGAAUGAAGAAGAGGAUUUGGAAGAAGAUAUUCCAAAACGAAAGAACAGGCCAAGAGGACGGCCAAAGACCCCCACCUGGAAAAAAAUUUUCCAGAAAAAUGCUCGGGGAUCUGGAGGUGGCAGGAGACGAAAUGAUGCUGCCUCCCAGGAUGAUCAUGACAAACCCUAUGUUUGUGACAUCUGUGGCAAGCGUUACAAGAACAGGCCUGGACUGAGUUACCACUAUGCUCAUACUCAUCUUGCCAGUGAAGAGGGUGAUGAAGCCCGGGAGCAGGAGACCCGCUCUUCUCCUGUCCACAGAAAUGAAAACCACAAACCCCAGAAAGGACCAGAUGGGGUCAUCAUUCCCAAUAACUACUGUGACUUCUGCCUUGGAGGCUCCAAUAUGAACAAAAAAAGUGGCCGGCCUGAGGAACUUGUGUCGUGCUCAGACUGUGGGCGCUCUGGACACCCGACCUGCCUGCAGUUCACCACAAACAUGACUGAGGCUGUUAAAACCUAUCAGUGGCAGUGCAUUGAGUGCAAAUCCUGCAGCCUUUGUGGCACCUCUGAGAAUGAUGACCAGCUGCUCUUCUGUGAUGACUGUGACCGUGGCUAUCACAUGUAUUGCUUGAAUCCACCAGUCUUUGAGCCCCCCGAAGGGAGUUGGAGUUGUCAUUUGUGCCGGGAGCUGCUCAGAGAGAGAGCAUCAGCUUUUGGCUUCCAGGCCUGAGGAGCUCCAGCAAUCAAGAAACACUUUGCUCCUGUUGUUGGCAUACCAGCACACAAUUCCCAUCCAGAACACAAAGACACAACCCACAUCAAAAUGAAUGGACACUCAAGUACAGGAAGAGGUAUCUGUGGUAUUCACUGUCACUGAUGCAGAACCUCCUGGGCUCUACUAGAAGGAUCACGUACUUUCCCGAUGCUCCGGAUGAAAUCUCUUCACUGCUAUGCAUGGUUGCUGCUUACCAUUAUGGGCUCACAUGGAUUAUAGGAGGGGGAGGGUUGUUAUAUUGAUAUGAAGAAGUCAAUUUUGUGUGGCUUUGUGCUUUCUGUUUAGUUUUCUUCUGAAGGAGAAAUAGUAAGAAAUCCCCCAAGGAUUUGUUGGUGAGUGCUUUGGUGGGAAGCAGCACCAGUUGUUACUGCACAAAGCUUGCCUGGAAGUCCCUUUACUGCAGCUGCUGUGUAUUCUUAGGGUGGCUUUGCGUUGCAUUAGUUCAAUACUUCCCAUGUUGUGAAUGAUGUGUUGCCACCAAGAGAAGCACCGAUGAGAACUGGGGGAGUGACACUUUCUCUCUUGGAGCAAAUGCUUUGAGUUGGCAGGUCUUCAGACAUCUGGUUUCAGUGUUUCUGAAGGAAGAGCAGUGCCAGUAUGAACAUACACAGACGCUUAAAUGCUGAGUUUGGUAUUUUUGGAUAUUGAGGCACACCAUCCCACUCUGGUGCUAUCAUGCAGUUCAAAUGCAUCGUUUUAUUUUUACUGAAAAAAAAUUGUGAGUGGUUCUGCAUGUAACUGAUUUGCUGUCCGGCUCAGAAAACUGAACGAAAGAAAACUGUCAUUUUAAGUUGGUCAUAGAAAAUAGAGGUUCCAGUUUUCUAAGCAAUCUAAAGCAAGCCAAAAAUAGGAACAUUGGCAUAGGUCACAUGAAGCACUUUUGAUGAUUUUUUUUUUCUGAUUUCUAAGCGAAAAUAUUCUGCAAUUGAAAGCUGAAAUUUUAUUUUGGGAAUUGCCUAAUCAGAACUUCCACAUUUCCAGAGCUAUACUGUUGUUUUUUUGGUUUUUUUUUUAAAUCAAAAUAGUUAUCAAGAUUUGUUGAAUUUUCAAAUCAUUUUGCCCCCAAAAUCUCUAUAACUGCAUUUUUGGCAGAAGCCUUAUCAAGCUCCCGUGAAAGGAAUCAUUUACUUCAACCUAAUAUCAAAAGAAAGAUUUCAUAGUUAUUUUAAAAUUUAAAUAGGAGUAGUUGUACUUUGUGCAAACAAACCUCUGCAUGUGAAAUGGAGAAGCGUUAAGUGAGAGCAUCAAUUGAAAAAGUAUUUUCACAGUUGAGUCCCUGUGAUUAACUUAAGACAUCGCCAGGAGGACAAGUGAGUACAUUAAAACAUUUUUAUCCGAUGCAUCUUUUAAGGUUAAAAACAUGCAACUCCCCAAACAGCCAAGUAGCCCAGAAUGACCAUUUUUGUGGGUGUGAUUUACAUUUCUAUCUAUGCAUAGCUUAAAGAGGGAUUAAGAUACACAUUUAUGAGAGUCCCAAGCAACACGUGAUUUGAGUUGCCUGUACAAGUAGGUAAGAGCACUGAAGGUUAUAUUUGGGAUAUUUAUUCUGGUUGAAACUUUUCUGCAAAAUGAAAUGUCCCUGAAAGGACACUGUGAAAAUGUAGCAGUGAACUAAUUUUUCUUUUUUUCUCCUGCUAAUUACACUUAGUUAGAAUGAACUGUACUGACCUAACGCACUUUUCCUCGUUAUUUAGAUAGUUUGUUCACCUUUAGUGUUUUGUUCAGCUUACAGUAGUUGUGCCAGCUGUUGGAUUCUCCCACGUGGCUCUCACGACGUUGUCUCAGACUGCAGUGGGAGUACUUUAACCUGUUAGAAAAGGGGUUUAGGAAGUGUUUAUCCUAGUCGUAUUGGACCAAAUUCCUCCAGGAGUAGCCACAGUGGCGACCCGUGACAUUCAUUCAAUACAUUAACUUUCUGUGUGACACUCUUGGGUGAGCCAAGAGUAUAAAGAUAUUUGAGCAUCAGAUGUAGGACCUGUCUGCAUGAGGUGUCUGGUGCCUGUCUGGACAAAGCUGUAAAACAAAUGUCAAAUGAAGCUUCUUUCUCCCUGUCCAAGGAACUGCCAAACUCCUGUGGUCCCAUUCUCACUGCUGAGCUGCUGUCACCCAGUCUGAUGGCUGGCCCUGAGGACAUGUCCUGGUGGUAGUGCAUGAUCCUGGAUGUAUGGCAGCAUGGCCUGAGCCACGUACAGAGGGAUCUGCCCUGAGCCUGGCAGCAGUUAAGGGCCACAGCUCCUCUGCAGGAGCUUUGGCACCUAUUUGAUCUGCUGAUCUGGCACUUUGGGACCACUGCGCAGUUUGUGCUGCUGCUCUGACUAGGAGGGCAAGUAUGUGCUUGGCAGAGAAGCUGUUUGACUGUGUCAUAUAAAAGUGUAGUGGCAAGAGAGACAGGAACUGGGAGUGAGAGUGCUGGAUGGAAAUUCUGUGAUGGAGCUGAUGAUGAGAGCAGCAGGGGUAGCUUCUGGUGUACAAGUUGGUGCUCAGCUGCCUGGGAUGCUGGGCUUAGUGAGCUCCAUUAUAGUGAGCUGUUGCCUUCACAUUUGCUAGUAUUUGUGUUGACCUUGGGACAGAAGAAGAAAAAUACUUAUUGCUUUAGCCUACAUUUAGGCAGACAGCAGUGGCUUUGUAUCUAAGCACCUGGUAGUCCUUUGUAUGAUGUUGGUGGGAGUGACUGGUACAGAAAGUCAGUGUUCUGUCCCUGAAAUGAGACACUGACCGACGAGCUGUGCUUUUCAUGCAUACCUGCUCUCCUGUUUUAUCAUUUUGAUCCGUACCAUGGACUAUUUUUUUUUUCUCCCACACCACAGUGAAUACUGUAUUUCAUGUUUGUAAAUAUUUCUCAGUGAUGUUGCUGAAGUUUCACCACUAACAAGGUAUGAUGGAAGGAUGGAUUGCUAGAUCUCCUGCAGUAAAAUAUUGUCAAAGCUCAGUGAAAGAGGGAACUUAUCCAUGGUAAUCUCUUCAGCUCCAUGCUGUAACGUAACCAGGAAGCAUCAGGUAACUCUCAGCAGCAAAUGAAAUGCCAGCUGUCCCAUGCUGAGGGCAUCCUCCAGCUGCACACUCCCUACUUCUUGAGCUCCCUCUUAGGGAAGAGGCUGGUACAUUCCUCCCAUGGACGUUGUUAGCAUGCAUUCAGAACUGUACAUCUUGCUGCACUUCUGAAAUACUAAUCAAGCUCCCAAGUGUUUGAUGCUGUACCUGUUUUACCAAGAUGUGAGGAGGUGAUAGCACAGUCAAGAAGUUCAGAACCUCAGAGAACCACUUCCCUGCCAUCAGAGUACCAUUCCUAUAUGGCCACUGGGGUGAACUGCUUUGGCACAACCAGGCAUAUCUUGAACUAGCAUGUGACUGAUGCAGUGUUGGCAGCAAGCAGUCUGAGGACCCUGACUCCAUGAGCUUCUCUUUCUUCUUGAGGUAGGAUGUGCAACGCUGCCCACAGAGCAAAUGCCUGUUGUUGACAUUGGCAGAGUGUGGUGGGUUAUUCAUGGGCAGAUGGUUCCUUUCAGCUUUAUAAAAUGAACCAGUUCAUUAGGUAAAUGUUUGUGGUGUGGUGAGCAGGACAGCAAGGAGACAUAUCACCUGAGAGCUAACAAAGCUAAGUGGGCAGGGAAAGCUGCUAGACAAAAGCAUGUUGGGUUUCCGUUUAAACAGACAAUCUGAAUUGAGACAAAAUUCAAGGUACUGUGAUCCUUAUCCACUCUGGAGACAACUAGAGAAAUGGAAUUUUUCUUUUUUCCUUGUUUGUUUUUUAACCAGUGAUGGACUCGGUAAAUUGCCCAUGUACCUGUUCUCUUGUGUGGUGGGAUUCACACUCUGGGAUUUGUUGCCAGCCCUUCAGGUGACAUGUUUUGAAGCUCUCUGUGUAGGCAAGGCAAGCUGUAUAUUAGCUCAAAUUAGGACAGACGGCGUUAGAUUCUGCAUCCCUCAAGUCUUCAAAUCAAGACUGGGACUGUUCCCACGAGACGUAUUUUAAUUAGACACAAUUUUAGUUAAACACAGGAAUGUCAGACUGAAGAAGGUUUGUGCUGUAGAGGAAGCUAGACUAGAUGAUGAAAUUGUUCUUCCUGUCCUUAUUGUAAAAACAGAUGUUUACUGGUCAAGGGGAUGUAUUCAAAUAAAGCUGUCUUUGGAUAACAGACUUAAAAUAUGUUAGUUUAGCAUAUUUAUGAAAUCCUUCUCAUUUUAACCCAUUUUGGGUGACAAAAAAAAAAAAAGUCACCUAUAGAAAAUCAACUUUAUGGAUGCAGUAAAUAGUGCAAUACAUCUGUCAUGACCACAGUGGCAGCUGCGUUGGUGCCAGGUAUGACAGGCUUUUCCAGAGAAUGAACAAUUCAGACUGCAUUGUGUGAAAAUGCCACUUGGUUCUGGCUUUCCCCCAUAGGUGUUUGUGCAGGACUGCCCCAUGUGUGCCCGUGGUGGCUGGGGAGUGGAGCUGCAGAAAAUUUGAAACUUUCAGAAUGAACGUGACCAGCAAGCAGGGCUGUCAUUAGUGUGGACCUGGUGUCUCUAAGUGGAGUUGGGAAGUGUUGGGCUUGCUUCCUUCCAUAUAGAAAAGAGUUUGCAGCACUCCUUUGAGUGGAGGAGUGGGGCUGAAAGUCCUGCCUUCCAUCUGCACUGCUGGAGAGAUUGGGGAGUCCUACCUUCACCUGCAUCAAGGCACUCAGCAGAGUGUCUGCAGGAACGGCAAACAGCGGCCACACUGCAGGGACAGGGAGAGGAGGGAUUUGGUGGGGUUUACUACUUUCUUUCAUAAAUGUUAGCAAGAACAUCAGGUGUUUUCUGAUGGGGACUCAAGCCAAUAGCUUGUUAAAGUUUGCAAUACAUUUCUGCCACAGUGAGUGAAAAUGCAAAGUACUGUUACAGCAUUCACCUGUGCGUUUAGAAUAAACAUUGUUACUGUUAUUUUGAAAUGAGGAAACUACAGUUUCCAGAUCAUCUUACCCUCUGUGCAUGCAUAACAAUGAAGCCCUUCAUGCUGGUUUUUCAGGUACUGAUAUUUUCUUUUCAGACCAUAAAUUUCACUUCCACAGUGCAUCAGGAAAUAUUCCCUCUCUCCCCAUUUCUCAGGAGCCAAGGAAGGGAAGAAGAGAUUUGAGUCUUCAUAUUCUGAGUUAUAAAGUACAACAAGUCAAUUUCAUGGCCACGUCCUCUCCACAUCUUGAAGGAGUGGCCUGGUUGGCUGGGAGAGAGCUCCUCCUUUGGCAGCCUAGAAGGGUCUUUGCUAGCAUCUGUCUCACCUGUGCAUGAGAUAUCUUAGUCUGGGCUUUUGUCCUCUUGGAAAGGACUCUUCCUGCUGUUGCUCUAUCAAUCUUUGAAAGUGCUAAUUCUCAUCAGAGAACUAUAUGCUUAAAAUCUUUAAAAUCAGGAUAAGGAUUUCCUUAAAUUCCUCAGGAUUUUAAAGGGAUGCAUGUCAGAAAGGCCGACCAUCACCACCACCAUCUCAAGAACCGUGCUGAAGCACAUGUGUUGGGUCACAGCUCAGGUGCCAGGUAAUGGCUGCAUUUUGAUGUCCACUAUGUACUGGCAGUGCAGAUUUUGCCAGCAACCUUAAUUGGAAAGUAGCUGCUCAAAAUCAAGGGAAAGGAUGUGGAUGUUGUGCCCAAUAUACCCUUAUUUCCUAGACUUCUUAGGAAUAUAACACGAGGGAAGUGCCCUUGCAUCCUUCUCGGGAGGCUAUAAGUGCCUGAGGAAUUUCCAUGUUCUCUGCUUUGUCCUUCAUUGUGGAAUAUCCUUCAUUGUUCAUCUUUGUGUUUUUCUUCUCCUAAAUUUAUCCCUGGAUUUCAGAGAAAGUGUGUACCAAAGCUGAUCUGAAGGGUCUAGAACGACUCAGAAAUAGAGAGGUUCAGGCUGAACCACCAACUUUCACCUCUCCCUUUAGAAGUGUUCAGCAAACCCUUGAUAAUUGCAGGGAAUCAAACUCACAUGCUGACUGAAUCUCAGUUUUGCGUUAAGGUCACACAAUCAUUCUGUUAGAUUCUUUUGUAGUCAUAAAAUGUUCUUUAAAAAUGCAGGAAGAAAUGUUCCAUCUUUACCUUGAUGGCAUUGCCUUUUUGUGCUGCAGCAGAGAUCAACAGCCCUCCCUCCAGUUUACUCUGACUUUCUUCCAGCACCAUAGCUUGGGUCAGCAGCAAAUGGGGACAGGUCCAGGAAUAAUCUGUCUCAUUGAAUUGUGGAUGUAGGGGAGACUCAAAAGCAUUCAAGUAAAUUGUCAUCUGUGCUGAUAGUCAGAUCACCUAAGAAUCAGAAGUUUCUGUACAAGUUAAAGUAUUACCUGUUCAUUAUCUGCCAUUUCAGGCAUUGUUUUAUUGUUUUUUUUUUCCCACUAGAAGUGGUUGCAAAGAGAAACAUCAAUGAGAAGUGGGUGAAUUAGGAUCUUUGCUGUUGAACUUCUAUUUGACAGUGGGACAACAUUGUCCCCAUUAAUCAUAAGAGGGGAAGGGAGGAGGAUAAAUCUGUGACAUCGUAAUGUGUCUCUCAGAUAAAAUGAUAUUAUCAGCUUUUUAAUGCACUUUUGAAAUGGUCAAGAAAUGAUCUCAAAAUAGUGGCAACCACAUGAAUACGUGAAUACAUUGAUAGAGCCUUGCUGUAUGAUGCUAUAUUAUUUAAUUUUAAUUAUAAGGAGAUUUUAAGUUGUAUAUAUUGGAACCAUAUUUGUGCACCAUACUUAUGUUAUUUACUGUAAAUAUGGCUCACCUACCAUGAAUUGAUCCAAAGUCCUAUGAUAGGUGUUACUGACCUUGAAACAGAAGAAGGAGCAGGGAGAAAUGUCAAAGGUCUGUCAGCAUUCUAAUAAGGCAAAAAUUAGCCCUUACAGUAUAAUCACUGUCAUAUAAGGACCAUGACAUGGACCAUUGACACAAGGAAAAGUACAAAUUCACUAAAAGAUAGACCAACUUCUCAGCUGCUCUCAGUCAGCAUUAUUUGACUGAUUUCAAGCCUAGAGGCUGGCCAGGUGUCUUCAGAAGGCUCAGCCUAGGUAGUAUGAGUCCUUAGUCUUUGUUUAAAAAUGUGCAGUUCUUACUAGUUGAGUACACCCAACACAUGCAAGAAAACAGGUGUUUCAGCCCCAGAUGAGUCUGGUAUGGUUCUGGUUCAGUCUGGUUCUGGUGAUGCCAUGUCAUAGGCAUCAAAGUGAAGUGAGACGUCUCAGCUGACAUUACAGAGCAGUCAGCAACUAGCCUGAAUUUCUCUCUGACUUGAUGAGUUUGGACUUGGUUGUUCAGUUUCCAGGGUACUAUGUUUUGAUUUUGUGUAAACAACUUCUUCCUGCAGUACGUGUUUUUCUACUGCAUCAGACCUCACUUCACUUAGCUCUGAGCUCACCUCCCUGCCCCAUUUCUAAUCUGUUCCAGUCUUUUUGUUCUCUCUCUCUCUCUCCUCACAUGGAAGUUUUCUCCAGCUCAUGUUGUUAGCAUCUGUCCCUGGAGCCUGUCCUCUUCAGCUCAGUUUGCCCAGAGGCUGAGGGGGAGUUGGCAUGACUAGUGUAUGCCAUAGAUUUACCAAAUGGGACAUAACCUCCUAAGCAUUACUUCCUUCCUGGCUGUACAUCGUGGCAUGGUCCUUGUUUUUAGCCACUCCAUGAGCCAUCCGUAGCACAUUUGUGGCCACUGCAGGUCUGAAGGGAGCUUAUUUGGCAGCCAUGGGAGCCACACUGCCAACACACAUGCCCACCUUCCCUACUGCUGCAGCUGGGGAUGCGGUCAGGCUGUCGGCACAUGAGAUCACAUCCAGCACGGUUACUCCCUGGAAGCCAAAGUGUUGCUUAGUAACCCACUCAUGGAAGUACCAGAAGCGUUUUUCAAUCUGUCACGUUGGUGAAAAACACUGGCUUCUUGAUUUAGAGGCAUUCUGCUGUGUGUAGCAGGGCUGUGCUCCAUUACCUUGCAUCCAGUGCUAUCUGCAAAGAGGGAAUGAAUCUCACUUUCUUGGAGGGGCUCGGAGGAAAAAGCCACAGAAAGGAUUUGCCCAGCAUUGCGUGUGAAGCCUUUAGUCUGUUCUCCUGACAUCCAGACCUCGUCUUAACUCCCUUCCUGUGGGAGAUAUUCCCUCCUUAUGGAAGUGCACUCCAGGGUCCUAUAGCAAUUGGCCAAGUAGGAUCCUGCAGCACCUUCAUCUGAUAUGAGACAUUACUGCAAUAAAACAUGGUGUGUCAUACAGAAAUUGGGUGAGGUAUUGCAGUAUUUAUGUUGUAAGCCUCAGUGUCACGGACAAUUGCUACAGAAUAAUGUAUGUCUUUUUUUAAUGCAGUGGAGUCAUAGCAGCUUCACAAGAGCACACAGAGCACAGACCAUCUGGGAUUACAUGGCUUCCUCAGUUGUUUUCAAAUUAUUGUGUUAUCAAGAAUUAAAUGAAUAACAUCCUCUCAUUUAAAAAUAGACUAAGGGCUUUUAGGUUACUUCCCUUCUUUUAAGAUUAAUUCAAUUUGGGGGCAAAAUGUCCAAGAACUGUGUUCUGACUUGAAAGACUUGCUUCUUUAUCUGGUUCUGGUUUAUCCUUAAAAAUGGCUUCAAGAAAUAACUGGAGGGCUUUUUUUUUUUUGUGAUACUUUAUUGAUUUUUGCUAUCAAACCUCCUCAGGAAAAAGGUAUUUAUAGAAUGUCUAGCUUUGAGCUCUGGUGUCCAGCUGGGCUCUUCCCAUCCUGCUUCUUGUCACAGUGAGUGAAGUCAUGAUCUGUAUCAGGAUACUAUAUGACCCAUUUUUAUCUGUGUUCCUCAAAGCCCUCUGCAAAAACUGAAGGUGUUUUAGGAAGGUCACUGGGGGUCCAAAGUGACCUGAAGAUCGGGUUGUCUGACAAAUAUUCCUGAGAGGCUCUUUCAGUCUUCAGGGAUCCUCUUACCCAUGACCACAGCACAGUUGGGGUAUGCCAUAGAUGUACCAAGUGGGACGUGACUCUUAUCCAUUCUCAGUACUGUGGUGAUGAAAUCAUCAAGGUUUGUUUCCUGUGCGAAUCCCUUUCUGCAAAGGGUCAGUGACAGGCACAACAGCCAUGGUCUAAAACUUAAUGCGGAACGAAGAUGAAAAAACAUCCUGCAACAUGAGAAGAUCCCAAUUUGAUUUCUGAAGGAUUUCUGAGGAAGUAAGUACAACAUUCCUAUUGUCCUUACUACUCUGAUAGUUAAGUUUGGCCAUGGGAUACAAUCUAUUUUAGUUUACAUUUAAUUUAAGAAAUACACAAAGUAGUCAAAAAUAUUUCUGAUGGCUGGUGUGUCACCAGUGUGAGAGCGAUUGAAUACCCUGGGGGGCCCUUGCACAGAAAUGUCUCACACAAAUGUUCAGAAAGAACUGGCUUCUCUGGGCGGCAGGGAGCGAUUUUAGCAGGGGAGUGAAAGGCUGUGGAAGGAGGCCUGAUUUACAUUUUAAUUCUUAGAGCUGGUGGUGCCAGCUCAGGAUUGAUGGAAAUCUUGGCCUCGUGAUGCUAUGCUCUGUGGAGGGACGAUUCAGAAAAGCACUAAGUGUACAAUGCAUUGUUUGUUUGAGAAGUAGCAGGGUAUCUAUUUUCAGUCUUCUAAUACCUUGACCUUGGAGUUUGUUCGUAAUUAAAUAGUCUUGUCUAACCAGCUAGCCAUUGAAGCAAAAGAGCUGUUGUUAUAAAGAGAGUGGGCGAGGGAAGAGCAGGCAGACUGGAUAACUUCUAGGCAAUAUUGAGAGAGUACAAUGAUUCCCUGCGGACACAGCACCUCUUUCUUCUGCACGGUCUGCAGGAUAAAAUGAUUGAAGCUGAGACACGUUUUAGAGCACCUGAGUUAGUUGGCUGCAAAGCAGGAGCUGUUCUAUUAACGUUCAUCCCUGCUGUUUAGUUUUUGAGGUUUUUAUCUGUUAGUAUACUCAAAGCCUUCUUUUAAAUAUUAUGGAAAGAACAAGGUGGGGGCUGGAACCUGCUCUGCCUCCUGGCUGUACAUACCCCUACCCAUAAAUGACAUGUAUGACGCACAUGUACGUUGUGACUGCAUCAUAGUGACUUUUGUAACGCGUUGACUGUAGUGUCCGGACAACAUGGCUGGAGAAAACUAGGAAUACUUCACUUGAUAGGAAUAGAAAAUCAGUUAGUGAAAAGGCAGUACAGAUGAGGAGGUUUUCUAACUCUGAGCCACCAUCAUGUCUUCUCGAUAUGCCAUCUCUGUGUCCCCUAAAUAGAUCUUUGUCCUUUUUGCUGCAUAAAAGAAAUUGACUUUGGUGUCUUUGCUCCAAGCUGGAGUCACCAGUGUUCAGUCUUUUUGUAAUGUGCUGAGGAAUUGAAAAGCCAGUCUUGACAAGAGCUUGCCAACUCCCAUAGCUUCCCACCAGAAUAAUCUAAUACCAGUCAGCAAAUAGAUGGGAGGGGUUCUGAGAUGCUGCUGACUGAAGCGUGCCACUGAAGUAUCAGUCUUCAGGGCAAUAGUGACAAGGAGAUUUUAUAUCAAUGCUUGUAAGAAAAAUCUGGCAGUCUCAGAUGAAGCUGGUUGUCCUGUUUGUCACACAGUAAGCAAAGAUGCAAGCCAGAAUGACUCAGUGAGAAAAUAAGGCUUUCUGUCUGACAAAUACUCCAGAUAUCACUCUUGCUUUUGAGAAAAAAAGCCUUCUGUGACUGAUGCUAGGGUGGCAAGGAGGUGGGCUCGUAGGGCUAGAGAGGCAUGUCACCACAGCACAUUUGUCACAAUGUGUCUUCAAUCAUGUAAAUGUACAAGAAUAGGAUAAAAAUGCUUGUCAUUUCAUUCAGAUUGCUUUUCAACUAAGUACACUACCUCCAGGUCACCUAUUGCUACCCCACUGAGGCCUCAUUGGGGUUUAUGCUAUGCUACUUUGUAUUCAUUUUUGGUGGCCACGGGCUAAGGUUACAGGUUUAGGAACCAGUACAUAAUCAUAAGGACAGCUUCUUGUGUUAUUUUUCUCUUUCCCUCCUUUGUAAAGUGUGAACCUUUCUUUUGAAAUCUGAAGUGACUGUAUUGUUACAAUGUGUGUAUGUAGAGAUUUGUUUUGAUAUAGCUUGUGUGGAGGACCUUUGCUCCUUUUAUCUCACACUCCGUUUUCUUAAGUGCUUGAUAGCUUUGCAAGCCUUUUGUGGGGGAGGAGAUGUGGUGGGGUGGGCUCUUACUCUUCAUAUUUGAUGCUUUUUGAGGAAGAUUUGCACAGCUUUGCACAGAAUGACUGAGAAUGCAGAGUGCUCUCGAUUGUUCUUAAGCUGUCCUGAUCUGAUUUCUUCCAGCAGAAAGAGAUCGGUUUUGAAACCCCCAGAAAAAUAUGUUGCUCAAUGCUGUAACCAAGGAGGUCUAUCACUUUGUAAUGCACAGAGAUGUGCGUGGUGUUUCUCCCCCGUCUGAAAGUGUCUAUUUGAGCACAGAGUCCCACACUUCACUCAUACAACUGAUGAUGCUCCAUGUCUAAUGAUGUUGCGCCUGCCAAGGAUCAGUCCUUCUGUGUUUUGGCGGUUAGGAAACCCGUGAGGGAAAUUCUAUGGGUGUUGGAGAGGAGAGGGCAACAUCUGCAGGAACCUUUCAGCUUUGCAGGAUUUCUUUGGUAUUCACACACAUUUGCAAGAAUGUAUUCCAAGCAUCUUGUACUGUUAUUAGUAACUUGUACUGUAGUUUGUUAGCCGUGUUGACUACCUACAUAACUAAUAUUCUGUUGAAAUUUAGAAAAAGUGUAAACGAUUGCAGAAAACAGGAGUUUAGAACUUGUAUGUACUUCUUUUUUUUCUUUCUUUUUUUUCUUUUUUUUUUUUUUUUAUAUUAAAGCACUUCAAUUAAAAGUUCAAGGAAAAAUGUUCCUGUAUCCUUUGCUGCGUGUUCAAACAGAUGUGUGAAAGAGAAGGGACAGCACUCUUUCUGAGAUCCUCCCUUCUUGCUUUGGUGCAAAUGAGGUGGUCAAACUCUGUAGAGGGGCACUGCACUUUGAAGUUUAUUCAGCAAAGCAGACGUCUGUCACCUAGUUUGGUAUCUGUUAUGGACUAACGCGGUGCCUGAGGGUGAGGGCCAGGCUGGGCAAGCCCCAAGUGUCAGAGGGAAUGCUGAGCCAUUGCUAAGUGGUGAUUCAUUGAGUGAGGAGCUACAAAAAGGCUGGUGACUGGGGGGAGUUAAUGAAUGAGUCCACUGUGAAGUAUGUUGAUGUAAAAGGAGGAAAAGGGUUCUCUUUCCUGAGUUGUUUCAGAAGUACCGGGGAGCUGUGGGUCAGGGCACUGGAAGAGUGGAGUUCUUGAAUGGCUGUGCACAACUCACCGCAUCCCAGAAACUGUUGGUCUUUCUCCCUUAUGAAACGUGUGUAUCCAAAUAGUCAUCUGGGUCACAUCACUGUGGGAUCAGAGUGCACAAACAGAUCUCUACAGUGGCUUGUGAUGUGGUGAUCUCAGCCCAGUUCUUAGUAGCCAGAUGCCCGUAAUACGAAAACAACCAUCAAAACUGUCUCUUUUACUGGCACUGUUUAAUCAAAGGAACAAUGGGGGAGAAUGGCAGUCCUAUUCCUACAAAGAGCCCUUCAAUGUCAAAUUUGCUAUACAGUAGAGUAGCAUUCACCUCUGUGGCACAGACCACAGCCACUCCAGAGAGGAACAAAAGCUCUCAGACAGCACACAAUUAAUCCAGCAUCUAUUAAAGCAAGCUCGGGUAAUUCUAAAGGAACGCAACAGAUUUCUGCUUUACAUUAUUCUAAGCACUAUUUUUUAACUCUAAGUGGUACACACAGCUCAAAGUAAGAAACAGGAGCCCGUGCUUCUGGCAGCUGUUUUCUUCCGAGUCGCUGUUUUACCUCCCUGGCAUCUCAUAAUUCUGAGACAAAAACCAAGUACAGCACAGCAAAGGAAGAACGUUAAAAUGCUGAUGACUUUCCUGCUGCCCACAGCCAUGAGCAGGUGCCCAGUGCAGAGCAAACAAUUAGUUCCAUGGCCAAGGGCGCUAACGAAAGCUGGUUUCCUAUGGAUUUAUGACAGCACGUUGCCUUGGUGCCAGAAACUUGAGGAGUUAGACUUUGUUAAUAUCUUGAAUCCAGAUGAGGAUUUUAUCAGCAAUUGGCUCUGGAAUGGCUUAAUGAACUCUGAAGCAGUGAUACAUAUAGAAAAAAAGACAUUUUGCACAUGAGAGACUGAAUUUAGUGGAAUUUCAAAGAUAGUGUAGAAAAACUGAUCAAAGCAAAUGUGUCCUGUCUGCUAAAUCCUAAAAA